AUGCUGGACGACCUCUCAACCAUUUAUCAACACACGCUGAAGAAAUACUCUUGGAAAUGCUUGCAAGAUUAUGCCCGUGUCAAAGAGCACAAGAAGGAGCAAGUGGAAUGCACCUUAUUUCUGGCAAUAGAUGUGAAAUCUACGAGGACUGGAAGCGAUCCGAUGUACAAAUUGUUAGUCAUUGACCCAACGCUUAAUCCAGACGACUCAUAUACUUGCAACUUUUUCGUCCAUGAUGAAAAUAUGCCAGAAAUUAAAAAGGGCAGUAUUGUGCUCUUGAAGAACGCCUUUGUCCAGGAGUAUCGGAGGAAGCCUCAGCUUACCAAAAACCGCUAUACAGAAUUUGCACUCUUCGACGACGAGUCUGGAAACUGCUUCACCAGUAAAGGCUUUUGCUGGAAAGCGGGAGAUCAAGAAAUCUAUGCAGCAUUCCGUAAUUGGAGUCAGGCACUCAAACUCCAGAACGGAUUUUCAGCCAACUCUCACUCGACGGUUCCAAGAGGAAGACAGAUCGUUACAACUGCUCAGAUCCAAGAGGACGAUGCAAAGUAUUUCAACUAUGUGGGCAUGAUUGUGGGAUUCUUUGAAGCGAAAGAGCAUCCUCCGCAGCGACGUGUAAUCAAACUGACCGACUAUACCAGAAAUCCGCACCCCCUGACUCGAUUAGAGGACAUGGCUGAUGAUGGCACUCUGGGCAACAUUACAAACGACAUGACUGUGUCAUGCACGCUAUACGAUAAACACGCAGAGUGCGGUCCUUUCUCUUUUGGCGACUAUGUCUUUCUAGAUAACUGUACAAGAAAUACGAGAAAUGAAAUGCAGCUUGAAAUCCGUGUCAGUUUCACACCAGGAGAUGGCGAACAUGUGAAGAAGUUGGACAUGGAUGAUCCUCGCUUGCAACCAUUACUGCAGAGAAAAAGAGAACAUGAAGCUUCCUUGUACCAAAGCCCGUCUCAAAUAUCGGAAACGGCUGUGAAUCUUAUGCGAUCAAGGAUUCCUAGUCAGCAAACACUUGUUCCUAUCAAGCAGUUGCUGGAAAAAGAGGAGCCAGGAGUGGAAUACAUCAGAGUGACCAUUGAGAAGCAGAAACCGAGCGAACUUACGACAUGGCUCAAGAGCUAUUGUUCGCAUUGCAAAAUAACAUCUGUGCCUACUAGAUUCGAGGAACCGGAUGCGUGCUCCAGAUGUGGAAACAUGAUGAAACCAGUAUACAGAGCUAUGUUCAAAGUCAGGGAUGACAGCGGAUCAGAAUUGGCAGUGCUUGUAAUGGAUGAGCAGGCUGACAAGCUGUUUAAGGAUUUACCUGCCCCCAGGUUGAAGAAGAAUCCUGCAUUAUGGGGAGAGUUCAAAAAGUACGGUGACUAUACCCAAGAAGACAGCAAGGGCCAGAAACCAUACUUUAGCUUGGGUGUCAAGAAGUAUUACAAUAACAAUAGCUACUAUCAGGAUGGCUGGAUGUAUAGCAUCGUCAACACAGAGUUUAUACUGGAAGAUAGCAGCCAGGAGAUGAUGUAUCAAUAA